AUGAACAUAAGUGGGAGAUCAGGUAAAGCUGCAACUCGUGGCCAAAAGCAGAUUUAUGAAGAGAACCGAGCUGUAAUAUUACAUUAUUCAGCUGCUGCCAUACUUUCUUCGUUUGGAUUUUUAAUUUGCUGUCUGUUGGAAGUGGCAGCAAUUCUAACAAUGCGUUCUAUGGCACGAUGCCGUCGUAACGAAAAAGGACAAGUAAUAGAUGCCGGAUUAGACCUUAAUCAGCCGGAUGCUUUCGGAGAGUAUUGUAAGGAUGUGGUAAUUUUAUGUUCAUUCAUUGCAACAGUAGCCAUCAUUUGGUCCACGAUUUUUUGGCUCUUGUUAUUGAUUCCGGCAUAUGUAUUGUACAAGCUGUGGAAAGUGAUCAUUGCACCGUGGUUUUUCGCAGAACCACCAGAGCAAGAAGAAGAUAAGAAAAUAAAAAAACGUGAGAGGAAGCUUCGCAAAACAUGA